AUGAAUGGAGGCACUUUACGACCACUAAUCAUCACGAAAAUACAAAUGCGAUUUCAGAAAUACGGUUGUACUUUGGAGCAAUCUGCAAGAGAAUCUGCCAGGAGGUGUGUCAACUCACCGUACCCCUCACUUCCAGCCAACGUCAGGGAGAAUAUCGUUAAGUUCCGCAAAAGUCGAGCUAAAACUCGUGUCCAAGCCAUGAAAGUCGUAAAAUUGCUAGUUGACUUGAACAGGCGAAAAAGGAUCACGAGCUAUAUUCAAUAUAAUCUAACAAUUAGCCCCUGUCCAUGCCCCCGGAAGCUGCAAGACAUUGGUGGAGGCAAGUGCGUAAACGAGGCAGCGUUGGAAACAGGGUCACGUUCAGAUCACAUCACCAAGGAAGGCCCAUCUCUUGGUUCACUCUUGUAA